AUGUGGAGGACUCAAUGUCCUUGUUCAACUGUACCUUCGAAUGAAUUUAGCUAUCAGAACAUCGUUCCGUUGAUAACCAUUAUCCCUGCGUCAUUAAGUAGCCAACAUAAUCUCCAAAUGGAUGUUUCAUCAGCCGUUGCUACAUGGCUUUCAUUGGCCGCAACAGUUGUGGGAUUAGGGUCUAUCGUUACACGAUUUGGCACCAUCAUUGACCAGGCGGACCCUUUUCAUUCAUUACGAAACGUCCAACAUUUAGGCAAAUGGAGCCAGCGGCAGGCAUAUAUACCGUGGUAUCGUGUGAUCAAGCCACCCCCGGUUGGACCUUUAAUCACUGCAAGCCUCAGUGAUGGAUUCUGUGGCCAAAUGACUAUAGCUGUCAGUCGCUUGCCGCUUACUCAACCCACAGGCCAGGCUGCAUGGUCAGUACUGCUUGCAGUUCUUCAUCCAACGAGUUCAAGCACCAUACGCGACGCGCGGGAGAAGCCAAAAAUACUUGCGGAGGACUCUCCUGUUAAAGCCGAGUGUAUUGUGACCGUUAACCCUAAAUCAGGUGUGAUCGUGGUAGAUGAUGGAUGGGGGGAUCUUCCCCUUCAUCCCCUUGUGAAGCAUAAAUUGACUACCUGUACGAUCAUUUCCCGCACCACGCUGAUGGCAUUGUUUUGCAUCACGAAUGCUCGGCUGACCUUUCGACACAGCGGGUCGUCUGGUCAUCGAGCUGCGUAUGCAGCCUACUGUGGACAAUGGCGCGUCGAAUGGCCUAUCGGGGACUUGGCACAUGUUUACCCAACAACCUUUGACAGAAGAGUUGACAGGUGCUUGCAAAUAUUCGCUGGAGUGAUUGAUGCGCAAAUGCGUACCACGUUCAAGUGUGCCUUCCCCGGGCGCAAGCCGUCCGGUCGGUGGGUCUUAAAAUAUGCCGUGAAAGGGUUUGGCGGUGCACAUAGUGGCAGGCACUUGUACAAUAUGAUAGGUGGCAAUGUCACUGAUGUCGACUUCCUGUUCAUGAAAGCUGUAACGGUGGAAACAGAAGGAUUGCAAGACAUGCCCCUGCUUCGCUUGCCUAACAGCCAUACUGCUGAUAUCGAUGUGUCGGUGUAUAUUCCUACAACGGAAGCGGCCAUUCUCAAUAGAGCCUUGGAUUGCCUCCCAUGGUCAUCUCUUUCUUGGUCAAUCCAUCGAGGACUCCGUGACAUACUGGUUGCAUUUGCAAAGGACCGGAUGGACCGGUGGCGAGGGCAGCUAGCGCAGACACUUCGCCAUGUCGUGGAAAGAUGGCCGGAGAGGUUGGAUGCUAAAGGUUGGAACCCUCGAUUUUGCUGUUUAGCCGGCAGUGGGAAUUCAGGUGACGUAGUCAGGGUUGUCACUGACAUAGCACUCACUCUAUGGGAUGGUGAAGUCUCAGCACUUGAUGAAACAACCUUUUGGAGAUCGUCACACCCCCAGUCAAGCGCUUCCUACCUCAGUCCGCUAGUUGUUAUUGCUCUUGUCAAGUGCUUCGUUUUGGAGUGGAGCACCGAUUUAGAUUACCACAUGUACCACGACCUUCCGUUAGAGAUGUACUUAGGUUGA